AUGUCAGACAGCAAGGAGGUAAUGGAAGAAUUUGAGCUACCUAGACAGAGUGGUUUGAUAGGCGUAUACCGUGAGCAGGAGCAGGAGCAGGAGCAGGAGCAAGAUGCAGAUGUAAAUGUGAGUGGGGGCAAUGGUGAUGGCACCCAAGGCUGUGAGAAGAAGGCUGAAGAUGUUGAUUUGAAAGGAUCAGGAUAUUGA